UAACUUUAUUGGGGGGAAGACUGCAUGUCUUGUUUACAAGCAGAGCUGGAUGUGCAUUUGUAACCUGGUUGUUGUUAUAAUUACACAAAAUGUCUUUUUUUGUUGUUGUUUGUAUUGCUCUCUACCUGACCGAAAAGCUGUCAUUGUUUUGAAUGUGUUACUUUAAGAACAGUAGCCCCUCCUUUUUAUUUCUUCUUCUAUGGUUUUGUCUUUAAAAUGUUUGCGUCCCUUAGGCCCUCCCCUUUUGUCAUGUUGUCCUGCGGGAGAGGUGUGUCCUAUUUACUUUCUAUCUAAAUACUUCCAGUUUAUUUGUAGAUUUAUUAAGUUGAUUUCUGUUAUGUAUUUUUGUUUGUGUAGGACUUGGAGCGGGCAGCUUGUAACUAUUGUUUUUCUGUUGGAUAUUUUCGUCAGGUAUGUUGUAUAGAAAAGGUUUAUUUUAUUUAAUGUGAGACAUGAUCCCCGCCCUUUUUGUCAUGUUGUCCUGCGGGAGAGGACUUGGAGCGGGCAGCUUGUAACUAUUGUUUUUCUGUUGGAUAUUUUCGUCAGAAUAAAUCUUUGAAAGCCAAACAGAGUCACGGCCUGACUAACAUCUGAUAACCAGCACAACGCAGAAGGGAUCCGGUUACACUUGGUGCCGUUUGACCCGCUGUAACGUCGAAUCUCCACUGCUGCAGCUGCUGCUACGUUGUCCCUUGCUCCGCCUUUGCCCUGCGUUUUGACUGGCAGGCGUUGGCGCGCUGUAUCCUAGCAACGAAUGGUGUUCCUGCUGUGGUAGACUUCGCUGCCAUGCGGGAUGCCGUGACAAAAUUGGAUGGUGACCCAGAAAAGAUUAAUCCAGUUUGUCCUGCUGACCUCGUUAUUGAUCACUCCAUCCAAGUGGACUUUAACAGGAAGUCUGACAGCCUUCAAAAGAACCAGGAUUUAGAGUUUGACCGCAAUAGAGAAAGAUUUCAGUUUUUGAAGUGGGGGUCCAAAGCCUUCAAGAACAUGCGGAUCAUUCCUCCCGGUUCAGGAAUUGUACACCAGGUCAACCUGGAGUAUUUGGCCCGGGUGGUGUUUAAUUACGAUGGCUUCUUCUACCCAGACAGUCUGGUGGGCACAGAUUCCCAUACCACCAUGAUUGAUGGGCUGGGUGUUCUUGGCUGGGGUGUUGGGGGCAUUGAAGCAGAAGCUGUGAUGCUGGGGCAGCCAAUAAGCAUGGUGCUUCCUGAGGUGGUGGGAUACAAACUGCAUGGGACACCAGACAAGCUCAUCACCUCCACUGACAUCGUCCUCACUGUGACUAAGCACCUCCGGCAGGUGGGUGUUGUGGGGAAGUUUGUGGAGUUUUUCGGUCCGGGUGUGGCCCAGCUAUCCAUUGCUGACAGAGCCACCAUUGCUAAUAUGUGUCCGGAGUACGGAGCCACAGCGGCUUUCUUCCCAGUGGAUGACAUCAGCGUGAAGUACCUGGAACAGACUGGACGGGAACCAGAAACACUGGCCUACAUUACCAAGUACCUGAAGGCAGCAGGCAUGUUCAGAGACUACAAUAAUAUUGCCCAGGAUCCAGAUUUCACUCAGGUAGUACAGUUAGACCUCGGCACAGUGGUUCCUUGCUGCAGUGGUCCCAAAAGGCCGCAGGACAGGAUUCCUGUUUCUGAAAUGAAAACGGAUUUUGAAUCUUGUUUGGGAGCAAAGCAAGGAUUUAAGGGUUUCCAGGUGGCACCUGAACACCAUAGCACUACGGUCCCCUUCCAGUUCAGUGGGAAGGAGUAUACUCUGGGCCACGGCUCAGUAGUCAUUGCUGCUAUCACCAGCUGCACCAACACCAGCAACCCGUCUGUCAUGCUUGGAGCAGGGCUUCUUGCUAAGAAAGCAAUAGAGUAUGGUCUAAGUGUGAAGCCGUACAUAAAGACCAGCCUGUCACCUGGCAGCGGAGUGGUGACCUACUACCUGAAGAAGAGUGGCGUCAUGGACUGCAUGUCUCAGCUGGGCUUUGAGGUUGUUGGCUAUGGUUGCAUGACGUGUAUUGGAAACAGUGGUCCACUCCCCGAUUCAGUGGUGGAGGCCAUAACUAAGGGGGAUCUGGUUGCUGCAGGGGUCCUGUCUGGAAACAGAAACUUUGAAGGGCGAGUCCACCCCAACACCAGAGCCAACUAUCUGGCUUCGCCACCACUCGUCAUAGCUUAUGCAAUAGCUGGCACGGUGAGGAUAGACUUCGAGAAGGAGCCUAUUGCUGUUAAUUUAGAAGGCAGACAAAUCUUCCUCAGGGAUAUCUGGCCCACUCGAGAUGAGAUCCAGGCAGUGGAGAGAACAUUUGUCAUUCCAUCAAUGUUCAAAGAAGUCUAUGACAAAAUUGAGAAAGUGAAUGAUCGUUGGAACUCUCUGGUGGCUCCUUCUGAUAAGCUGUACACCUGGGAUGAUAAGUCAACCUACAUCAAGUCACCACCGUUCUUUGAUGGAUUGACCAGGAAGCUGCCGACUCCUGAGUCUAUAAAAGACGCCUACGUUCUGCUGAACCUGGGUGACUCCGUCACAACAGACCACAUAUCUCCUGCGGGAAACAUUGCCAGGAACAGCGCUGCAGCACGCUACCUCACUGAGAGAGGUCUAACUCCUAGAGAGUACAACUCGUAUGGCUCUCGGCGAGGUAACGAUGCUGUCAUGGCCAGAGGGACGUUUGCCAACAUCCGCCUCUUUAACAAGUUCCUUGACAAGCAGGCACCACAAACCAUUCACCUUCCUACUGGAGACACGCUUGACGUGUUUGAUGCAGCCGAGAGAUACAAGCGGUCCGGUGUCCCACUGCUGGUUCUAGCUGGGAAGGAGUAUGGCUCAGGGAGCUCCAGGGACUGGGCUGCAAAGGGCCCAUUUCUCCUGGGCAUUAAGGCCGUUCUAGCAGAGAGCUAUGAAAGGAUCCACCGCAGUAACCUGGUUGGAAUGGGGGUGAUCCCUCUGGAGUAUCUGCCUGGAGACACAGCUGCCAGCCUGGGGCUGAGUGGCCGAGAGCGCUACUCCAUCAUCAUCCCCCAGCAGCUCACCCCCCGCAUGACUGUGGAUGUGGAGCUGGACACAGGGAUGACGUUCAAAGUGCGCAUGAGAUUCGACACCGACGUGGAGCUGACUUACUUCCACCAUGGAGGAAUUCUCAACUAUAUGAUCCGCAAGAUGUCACAAUACUGAUCUGUUGGAAGACUCUCAGCUGUAAGCUCACCUGGAGAAUAAUUCUGUCUAAAGGUGCUCUGAUCAGUAGGCCAGAGUUGAAGUUAGCUAAUAUUCCUUUGCUUGGUUCUGAACGGUGAGCAGCAAGCAAAGUACUGAAAAAUCCAUUCUUAUUUUUAUUGUAAUUUCUAGUCUUUUAAAUGCACCAAUAUUAAAAAUAUCCAUCAUUUUAAAAAUAUAAAUGCACCAACUCAUAAUGUGAACUUUGUUUAGAGUAUAAAUUGGAGGAAGCAUUGCAAGCAUAAAUAUGCUGCGCAAUAUAUCGGCACUAACAUCCGUAUCGGCCAACACUAGUCAUUUUUUAAUAUAUGGAUAUCUUGUUGCUGUUUGCUUCAGGAGAGUUGGAGGGCUGAGGUGGGGUUUGGUCUUGUGACACUGAUAGUGAUGCAGCAAAGGAUUAGUAGUAGUGAGUAGAGAAGUUAGUGGUGUGGUUGAGGGUUUUUUUUAAAGGUUUCAAAAGGCAAGUAAAAUGUAUAUAAUAUAUAUAUUUAGAGGUGUCCCAAUAGAACUCUUUCACAAUAUCACAGCUUUUUGGCCAAUACAAAUAUUGACCCUAUACAAUAUCAACACGAACUAUGCAUAAUUUUAUUACUCGUUUUGUGGUGUGGAAUGUCAAGUGAAAGCACAAAGAUGUGUGGAGCAGCUCCUUCUCUUAAAGGAACAUGACCCAAACUGUGAUUACCCAAGAACUAUUGUCUGUCUCUAUUGAGCCUUUUUCAUGGUGGUUUUUUGGGACCAAGCUAAGCACUGUAGAAAGGUAUUGGAUGGAUGUAAGGUGAGCAGGUUAGGUGCUAUGCUGAUGCUAACAGAAGGAUGGAAUGUGAUUAACACUGUUGAUCCCAGAACUCCCUGUCAGACAUUCCUCUUCGUCAGUAAUUGCCUUACUCUCUCACUGAUGCUUUGCUCUUGUGCCUCUGUGAAACUGUUUCUAUGGUUACAUCAUUGUACUUCAAUGUAAGGACUCCAGAUAAAAGUAAAACCUAAAGUGACUUAUUUGGGGCAGUUUUAUUGUCGUUUGUUCCUUCUAUAUCUUCAGGGUCACUUUUCCAUACAUCAAAUAAUAAGAAAUGACAAGAUAAUGUGGGGACGUUUUCCAGGCAGAAUAAUCCCUAAAAGCUCCAGAAAUAGCCUCCCUGCUGGUGGCAUGUCAUUCCCACUGACUGGGAUGUUCUCACUAGAACAGAACCAGAAAGCUGCUGUUGCUGCUCUGCUGAAGAAAGAAGGAAGAGUUUUAUCUCUGAUGCUCCUUCCUGUUACCCAGAAAAUCUGAAUGGAGCUUCCAGGUCACAUCAUGUACAAACAUGGAUGACUUCAAACUAACAUAAGAUUUGUUCUGAUGCAUCAGCACUUGAUGAAAAGUUUUUGGGAGCCAUAUUUAGCGUCAACAACUGCACUUAGAAUCCUUUGAUAAUAAACAAUAGUUUGUUGGUUUAGCGGAAACAUUUGGUUCUCUAGAUAAGAGGUUCCCAAAGUGCAAGUCCGGAACCCCAAGGGGAUUGCAAGACACCGAGGGGCGGGGGUUGUAAAAUGGAUUUCAGAAUCAUAGUGAUGCGACUCCUUCGGAGUAUGUAGCACCAAAAGGGGCUAAAUUAAAUUAAAUAAAUAAAUGUAACAUUAUUUAUGCAUUAUGAAUUAAUACAGUAAUAUACUUUUCAAUCAUUUUAUAAGACAUUCAUUUAAAAAUAUGUAUUUGAUCUCUAUUUUUAAAUAGCGAAAAAUAAUUAUAAGUAUUUUUAGUGGGCCACCCUGCCAGUCAUGACCUUUAGUUAAAAAUGUUUCUGUAACCAGUGACCUGGUUUAGAAUUUAUCUGAUCUGAUGUUUGGACAUGACUGAAUGUUCCAGCAGGACGAUGAUCUCAGACGCAUCAAAACAAAGCAAAGACUUUUAUUGACUGCUGCUUUUUUAACAGCAGUCAAUUUGCCACUGCAUUUUUUAUAUUAACUUUAUUGUAAUAAACUAUUGUUAACUUCA